ACAGAUCAAACCUCUUUAGUCUUCACUCUCCGAUUCCGACGAAUUUCAUCCCCAAAUCCGAAUCGAGUUACAGUGGAGGAAAUUUGAUUGAGUUUUUCCAGUUAGGAUACAAGGAAGGAAGAUGGGUAGUUCCAAGAAGGAAGAGAGUAAGGGAUUUUUCGCGGCGAUGACCUCCGGCUUGUCCAUGUUUGGCAACGCCAUGCAUAGAUCUGUCAAUGGGUUCCUUGGCGAUGAAGGUGUAGAAGUCAUAAAUCCAGAGGGAGGUAAAGAAGAUGCAGAGGAGGAAGCUCAGAGAGGAAGAUGGAAGCCGGAGGAACGUGAAAGUUACUGGAAGAUGAUGCACAGAUAUAUAGGCUCAGAUGUUACAUCAAUGGUGACACUUCCUGUUCUUAUAGUUGAGCCGAUGACUAUGCUGCAGAAAAUGGCAGAGUUGAUGGAAUACUCCUACUUGUUGGAUCAAGCAGAUGAAUGUGAGGAUCCCUAUCUGCAGUUGGCGUAUGCUUCAUCAUGGGCUAUAUCUGUUUACUAUGCCUACCAACGCACAUGGAAGCCUUUUAAUCCUAUUCUUGGGGAGACAUACGAAAUGGUUAACCAUGGUGGGAUUACAUUUAUUUCUGAGCAGGUAAGUCAUCAUCCUCCAAUGAGUGCUGGGCAUGCUGAAAAUGAGCAUUUUACUUAUGAUGUCACAUCAAAGUUAAAGACUAAAUUUUUGGGAAACUCUCUUGAUGUUUAUCCUGUUGGAAGAACACGUGUGACUCUUAAAAGAGAUGGUGUGGUUUUGGAUUUGGUGCCACCUCCCACCAAAGUAAACAAUCUUAUUUUUGGACGAACUUGGGUUGAUUCACCAGGGGAAAUGAUCAUGACAAAUUUAACUACAGGGGACAAAGUUGUGCUAUAUUUUCAACCAUGUGGCUGGUUCGGAGCCGGUCGUUAUGAAGUGGAUGGGUAUGUUUAUAAUGCUGCUGAGGAACCUAAAUUAUUAAUGACAGGGAAGUGGAAUGAGUCAAUGAGCUAUCAGCCCUGUGACAUGGAAGGAGAACCUCUUCCUGGAACUGAACUAAAAGAGGUUUGGCAUGUUGCUGAUGCUCCACAAAAUGAUAAAUUUCAGUACACACAUUUUGCACACAAAAUAAACAGCUUUGACACUGCUCCGAAGAAUUUGUUAGCAUCAGAUUCCCGGCUGCGCCCUGAUAGAUGCGCACUUGAGAAGGGUGAUCUAUCUAAAGCUGGUGCCAACAAGAGCAGUUUGGAGGAGAGGCAAAGAGCUGAAAAAAAGAACCGAGAGGCCAAAGGUCAUCAAUUUACACCGAGAUGGUUUGAUUUAACUGAAGAAGUUACAACAACUCCAUGGGGUGACUUGGAAAUCUACCAGUACAAUGGUAAAUACACCGAACAUCGGGCUGCUGUGGAUAGCUCAGACAGUGUGGAUGAGGUUGAUUGCACAUCAAUAGAAUUCAACCCAUGGCAGUAUGGUAAUCUGUGAGCAGAGCAGAGUGAGGUAAUUCAUUCUGUUUCUACAGAUUGCAGUUUGUUCACAGAACAUAGUGGUGUGAUUUGUGGAAGCAGUAUGGUUUUUGUUGUUGAAAUGUUUGCAUUGCAUCCCAAUCUAGAAUCCUAUUCUAAUCAAUUAUAGAAAGUUUGCUGCUGUCUCAUAACACUUUCCCCUCAUCCCCUAAUUCCUGUCUAAGAAAGACCAUUUCAUUUCGUUAAACACUUUGAAGAUGGGCAGGCUCAUCCAUGCUAGGAAAAACUUUGCUGUGUCACGGGGUUUUGGAUCCCAACCCAAUAACUAAUCUGGCGGCCUCAUCAAAAUGGUAGUUAAAAGGCUUUCAGGCCCAGGUGAAAGAAAUUAGGCACUAUAUU